CGCUUUACGUCACAGUGAAGUAUGUGCUCCCGAGUGUAGAAAAUGGCUGGGCACUCCGCUUCCAGGGAUCGGCACGGAUGUAAAUAUGGCUUAUGGCUCGGCUUGGGAGUGUUCGCCGCGAGAUGCCUCAGCGUGCUGGGCAUUAUUUGUUACUGCGAUGGACACUGUCCGGACGGCAGGCAAAACGGGACCUGCGAGUUACGAGCCGGAGGGCAAUGUUUCAGUGCCGUGGAGGAGGUGUGGGAGUCCGAAUUGGGAGAAUACGUGCCCGAGUGGUCGUUUGGUUGCUUGCCACCCGCGGAGGGCGGCUUUAUGCAAUGCAAAGGGAAUCAAGUUCCUCACUUACGAGAGAAGAGUAUAACGUGCUGUAACAACACGGAUCUAUGUAACAAGGAUCAGUUUCCCGAAAUAGCCUACAAGCCGCGUCCUACCGCGGGUACCAAUUCGAUAGAUAUUACAACAGGAGCGCCGAUUAUUAUCCUAGCAGUGGUCCUGUCGGCAAUGCUGAUGAUCGCCAUAAUAGCGAUAGGAAUCAUGUAUCACAGAUGUUGGAAGAAGGAGUUAGAUCCGUGCCUAGUGCCGUCACAAGGAACCCUCAAGGAUUUUAUAGAUCAAAGCAGCGGAUCGGGAUCGGGAUUGCCACUCUUGGUACAACAGACUAUCGCGAAACAAUUAGCCAUGUCGCAGUGCGUGGGAAAAGGUCGUUACGGCGAGGUAUGGCUCGCCAGAUGGCGAGGCGGCGAAAAAGUAGCGGUGAAGGUUUUCUUCACUUUAGAGGAAGCAUCUUGGUUCAGAGAAACGGAAAUUUAUCAAACCGUGCUGUUGAGACACGAUAACAUCUUGGGUUUUAUCGCCGCCGAUAUCAAGGGAACUGGCUCUUGGACUCAAAUGUUGUUGAUUACGGAUUAUCACGAAAGAGGUUCAUUACACGAUUACUUACAAGUAACCGUGCUGGAUCAUCAUGCUCUAUUAGCGAUCUGUUCAUCAAUCGCCUCUGGUAUCGCACACUUGCAUACCGAGAUCUUCGGUACACAAGGAAAACCCGCGAUAGCUCACAGAGAUAUUAAGAGCAGAAACAUUUUAGUUAAAAGGAAUGGAGAAUGUGCCAUAGCUGACUUUGGAUUGGCUGUUCGCUACAUCAGCGAGAGCGGAGCGAUUGACAUUGCGCCAAAUACUCGAGUGGGUACGCGACGUUACAUGGCACCGGAGGUGUUGGACGAAACUCUCAAUACAUCUUCCUUCGAUGCAUUCAAAAUGGCAGACAUGUAUUCUGUCGGUCUCGUAUUUUGGGAAGCAUGCAGAAGGUGUGUCACGGGUGGUAAAAAUUCAACCGUCGAGCCUUACGCCUUGCCUUAUCACGAUGUCGUACCAAGCGAUCCAGACUUUGAGGAUAUGCGCUUGGUAGUCUGCGUGAAACGAUUACGUCCAAUUAUCCCGACAAAAUGGGAUAACGAUCCGAUUCUAUAUGCAAUGAGCAAAAUAAUGUCGGAAUGCUGGCACGCGAAUCCACCAGUUCGCUUAACUGCUCUUCGCGUUAAAAAGACACUAGUGUCGAAAGUACACCAUAAUCACACUAUCAAAUACGUAUAGCAUUUGACGCGAUUACAAAAAACUAACUCGUCUAGUUAAAUAACUUUCUACCCCUGUAAAUAUAAUAUACCUUGUAAUAUAUCCUUUAGUGUACAUAGAACUGUUGAUAGACUGCAGCCUUGAGACUGAUGAUUAAAGUUUAUAAAUAUGCAAAAGAAAGAAAGAGAAUAUGAAUGAAUGUGUACAUAAAGAAGUGAAUGACUAAUCGUAAAAAAUGAAUGAUAUUAUUAUGUAUAUAAUUUGUAUAUAGAUAUAUCCAUAUAGAGUGUCUGUCUCCAAAUCCACGCAUUACAUUUUAUCGGAGAAGAAACAUCAUCUUUGCUGUGUGAAAAUAUUUUUAAAGAAAUCGAAGAUAAAAGUAAAUGCGGGGAACUUGGGAGCUCUCUUGUGUAUGUAUAAUUUCCUUUUAUAUUUAUAGAAAACGCGUCAUAAAAUCGCGAAAGUAUGAUUUGGACACGCUUUCCCAUGUUAAAACUUGUUAAAUAUGUUAUUGAUGUACUACUUAUUGCCUACUAUUUACUAAAUAGUAUUUAAAAUGUGUGUAUCUACUAUUUAUUAAAUAGUAAUUAGAAAGCAUAUUGUAUAAAAAAGGAAUAUAUUAUACUGUUUUUGGGCUGGCAAAGCCACACAAAACGAAUUCAGCAUGUAAAUGUAUCAGAUACAUCUCAUAUGAAAGAUAUAAAUUCAUCUUUAUGUAAAAUGUUUCAUCAUUGCAUCGAAUUAUUUUGUUUGGACGUAAGAAAUAUGUUUAACGUGCCUAAAGGGAACUUUUAAAAGUUUCUACUCCUGCGAUCUAUAUCAUAUGCUGUUUUCUCUUCUUUUAAGUACCUCACAUAGAAUAUAUUUAUUAUCGAAGAUUAUCUUUGAUGUAAACGCGCACAUAAUAAAUUUGCGUAAAAUAAAAAAAAGUUCCCACAUUGACGAUUGUUAGAGUAUCAAAUGCGCAAGUUUGUAUUAUUAUCUGUACAAUAUGUAAUUUAUAUUUCUAACUUGUACACAAAAAAAUGGAGAACACACACAUAUUAAUCUAUUUUUAAAAACUAACUUUGGUUGAUUAUCGAUUACUCCGAAUUUUCGUUAUGCUGCCGAUGUACUCUUCGAAUUUAUAUGUUUUUGUAUAGAGAAAGUAAUUGGAGAAAGGGAAAUUGUGAAAACAGAUAACAAUUGUAUAGUGCAAUAACAAUGUAUAAUGUAGGAAAUGUUAUUUU